CCCCGUGGAAUUGUGUUCCUUUCAAACCAGCAGCUGAAGACCCAGGCAGGUGAAAAUCAUAGACUGGCAUGAAGACGCCUUUCCAGGUCAAACACCAGAGCACCCUAGAAGGUUUAACAAAAAGAAUGCUCAUGUUUGACCCAGUCCCUGUCAAGCAAGAGGCCAUGGACCCUGUCUCCGUGUCAUACCCAUCUAAUUACAUGGAAUCGAUGAAGCCCAACAAGUACGGGGUCAUUUACUCUGCACCAUUGUCUGAUAAGUUCUUUCAGACUCCAGAAGGCCUGUCGCCCGGAAUGCAGAUGGAGCCGGUGGACCUCACGGUGAACAAGCGGAGCUCUCCCCCAUCGACCGGGAGCUCUCCUUCCUCCCUGAAGUUCCCGUCCUCCCACCGGAGAGCCUCCCCCGGGCUCAGCAUGCCUUCCUCCAGCCCGCCCAUGAAGAAGUACUCACCCCCAUCACCAGGCGUGCAGCCCUUUGGCGUGCCCUUGUCCAUGCCGCCGGUGAUGGCGGCUGCCCUCUCUCGGCACGGCAUCCGCAGCCCGGGGAUCCUGCCCGUCAUACAGCCCGUGGUGGUGCAGCCUGUCCCCUUUAUGUACACGAGUCACCUCCAGCAGCCACUCAUGGUCUCCUUGUCGGAGGAGAUGGAAAACUCCAAUAGCAGCAUGCAAGUACCUGUAAUUGAAUCCUAUGAGAAGCCUAUAUUACAGAAAAAAAUUAAAAUAGAACCCGGGAUUGAACCACAGAGGACAGAUUAUUAUCCUGGAGAAAUGUCACCCCCUUUAAUGAACUCAGUGUCCCCCCCGCAAGCAUUGUUGCAAGAGAAUCACCCUUCAGUCAUAGUGCAGCCUGGGAAGAGACCUUUACCUGUGGAAUCCCCGGAUACCCAGAGGAAGCGGAGGAUACACAGAUGUGAUUAUGACGGAUGCAACAAAGUGUACACUAAAAGUUCUCACUUGAAAGCACACAGAAGAACACACACAGGAGAAAAACCUUACAAAUGCACGUGGGAAGGGUGCACAUGGAAGUUUGCUCGGUCUGAUGAACUGACAAGACAUUUCCGGAAACAUACUGGAAUCAAACCCUUCCAGUGUCCAGACUGUGACCGCAGCUUCUCCCGUUCCGACCAUCUUGCCCUCCAUAGGAAACGCCACAUGCUUGUCUGAACGCCUCCGUGUCCCACCUCCAUGUGACUCCCCACUCACCUGGCUCUCUCUCUGUCCUCCCUCCCAUGAUCUAACACGUUUUUUACAUGUACAUUUUAAUUUUGAUUCAGCUGGUCUGAAUUUCUGAAUUUAUAUCAUCCAAAACUUCCACAUGGUCAGUAGUAGAUAUUCUCUAAUCCUCCUCCUUACCACGGGUCAGACCUAAAGAAUGUGAACACUUUUUUUUUUUUCCUGGGGAUGCUAAGCAAACCCUUCUUACAGAUACGUUUAAUGUCAUGAGAACAAGGGAACAUGUAAACUAACCUAACCAAUUGUCGGUUUCUCCAUGUAUUCCUCAAAAGAAUGUCAAAGUAAAUGUAUUAGAAAUACAGCAUCCAGCCUGCUAGUCCUUGCCAGAGACAUUCAAUACCUCUGUGCCCUGUGAUGAUAUUUUAUGCUCGAUGGCAAAAAAGAAGGGUGGUCUCUUUCACCAAUUAGCUAGAAGAACUGAGAUUUCCAGCCAAGUCCAGUCAACUCUCCCGUCAUCCUUCACGAAUCUUGCUUGUGUCAACCUGGAUUUCUCACCUCAUCUAAAUCAAGUUCUUUGCCCUCUUUUGUUCCUGCAGCUCAUGGGGAAGUCUUUGCCACCAAGGGGAGACGAGCCAGAGCUGUUGACUUAGGUGGGUGACGUGUAGCAGUUUUAAGGGAUGGGUGCUGUGCUUUUAGAGUGUGGAGUAGAAGCAGAACCCAUGGAGCAGAGGAGGCAAAGGAGGAAGCCGGCCAUUCCUCCUGGGCUGGGGCUUGUCAGUGAACUUCCAACAGGUGGUUAGCGGUGAGGCUGUGCAGUGCAUUCCCAGAGCUCCCAUCUCUGUGCAUUCUAAGAACUGUGCUGCAAAGUCAGAUCCCUCUGGGGUUAUCAUGCAGUUGUCUCCAUUCCAACAAUGUCCUUAAUAAGAGAUCAUCAAACAUCGUCAAUAAGGACUCUGAAAAUAUUUGCCCAGUAAUGUUAGAAAAUCUUUUGGGUAAGCAUAUGAAUGGUCUUUCUUUUACCCAACCUGCUUAGAGCUUUUUUGUCAACAGGGAAAUGUUGAGUGGUACUUAUAUUCUGUAUUCCCCGAUCAAAUUCAUCACAUAACUUUUAUACAGGAACUCUUUGUGAGCUGUGAGGGGCCACAUUGGCUGUCAUUUGUGUUCAUGACACAUAUCAUAAAGAAGCGUCUGCUGAUGCUUUGGUAGGUUCAUUCAGUUAAGACCUGAGUGACAGUGAUUUGUAAAUAAACUAGUUGUGAAGCACAAUUAUCUUAAUUUUGGGAAUUUCUGAAAAGAAAAAAAAAGAUAGAAAACCACAGAUCAGGGAUUCAUAUAUAUAGCUCAAAAAUUCCCACAAAUGUACUAUUCAGAGCUGGCAAUUUCCCAUCACUAUCAAGUAUCAGAAGAACAAACAAAAUAAUGACUCGUGUUUAUGCUGAAGAUCAAUAGCACCGUGAUUGGGGGAAGUUUUUCAAAAGCAGGCUUUUGAACACCAUAGUCUAAAUGCUAAUAAAAGUAAUUUAUAUACAGAAAUGCCAUUGGUCUUGAAUGUUAAGAAAGUGGGCCAUUGGUUACAUGUGGGUGCAUGUCACCGAAUGCCCCUUCGUCCCUCUGUCAAGAAUGGAGGAGGAGAAGAGAGAACGGAAUCCUGAAGGUUCAGCCCAGCCACAUCUCAGGAUGCAACACGACCUGCCGGGGAGGAAGAUACUAAGUCAUUUGUAAAACAUAGGUGAAUGGGUGAUUCUGGAGGCCUGUGCAUUGUGUGGAUGCUUUGCUAGCACCAUGUUAAUAAAAGUUAGAAGGACUGCACCUUAGAGGUCCCACUCAUCAGCCCUGUGAACCAACUGGAAGGAAAUGUGGUUGAGAAAUGCAGAGAAGCUUGUUUUAUCUUGGCACUUGGGUUUGGUUUUCUUUUUUUCUUAAAGCACUGCAAAAUUUGCCUAGAAUAUUAAAACUUCCUAAUUGGGCUAUAAUGUUUUCUCUUUUGCAACUAUAACAAAUUGAGGGAUAAAUAGUUCUUUGAAGAAUAGAUACUGUCUAUAUUGUAAAUGCUUAGUCACUCAUAGCAAAGAGUUCAUUUCUUGAAGUGGCUCUUCCACAACAUGCAAGAAUCAAGAUGAAAAGCAAGGAACUUUUUUUGUUUUGAUGGAAAUAACCCAGUUUGCAUGUUCCAACCCGUAGAGAAUGGGGGUGGUGGGGAAAGGGCUGGAAAGGAUAGAAUUGAUGUGGUCAUCAUCUUUGAGUCUGAGUUCAGUUAAUAGAAAGCUUCUUGGGUUUGCAUGAAAUUUGAUGCAUUUGUUAUGGCAUAUUUAAGUUUUGUUCAAAAGAUCAAGCAAGACCCUGCAAAGACUCUUGCAUUACCAUUCAGCUUGCUCCAGUUGUUCAUGAGCAAAGAUCUAUUUUAAUUCUGGAAGAAAAGCAACCCAGAGAGACCAUUCUCUAUUCCCAUGCUAGUCCUUAGACUUUUGUUACCAAUUGGCCCUUGCCAAAUUUGUCUUCUAUAUAUAUUUGUUUUUUACUUUGGUAGUUGAGAAAUUUAGUCUCUUAGUCAUUUUUAGCUGUUAUUGUGGAAGACCUGAAGUGAGAGAUAAGAUGCCCUUGAACAUGUGGUUUAAACGAUGUGCCAUGUUACUAUCGAUCAUUUUAACUGCAAUAUUUUAAAUGGGUGAGAAUGAUUUAUAAACAUGAAGCUGGUGUCAUGUGAGUUCUGUUUGUUAUAUAGAGUUUCUUAUUACCCAGGUGUCAUCUUAGAGAAGUCAGAAAGAUUAAAUCAGAAUCCAUCGUAUUUUAGAGUUUUAAAAUGUGAAUCUCCAUCAUAAAUGGGCAUUAACAUUCUAAGUCACUUCGUUUGGAGAAUGUGUUAGCAGCAUAGCUAUGUACAACUGAGGAGAUGCUAAAUACACAGAAGUUUCCAGAGCCUUGGAACGGAAUUACAGGGAUUCAUAUAUUAUGUAUAUGUAUAUUUUAUUAAACACCCAUCUGCACUGUCAGUAUUGCACUAAUGUGGAGUUUGAAAGACUAUAUUGCUGAUACUGUAUAUCUGCACAUCAUUCCUGAUUAGAUUGUUUCAAAGACAAUCUCAGAGACCUAAGGUUUUAAAAUAUAAUUUGGCUUGAAAAUAUACAGUUGUCUUGAAGGAGUUGCCAUCAUACAUGGAGUUACUGAGUUAUCUUUAUUUUCUUCUUGGUCAAAGUUAACAAUUUCCGAAUGAUCACAAGUUCACCUGAAUAAUACAUUUACAAAGCCAUUUUACAUGCAUUAAACGAGGGCUACAACAAUAUUGUUUUACAAAUACUAGCACUUUUUUUUCUGUUAUGUACUUAGUGUUAGAGGGUCAAGAUAAUCUUUCUGCUUAGCAUCUCUUAAACCAUCCCUGCAAGUAUAGCAGGAUUAUUACAUUUACAGUACUUUAAUACUUGUAUAAACUAUGCAGAAAUUUUUAAUAAAGUGUAAUAUAUUUUAUAAGCUAAUAAGACUGAAUGGGUAAAGGUUUUUAGCAUGCAUUAGUAUACUUGCAAAUACUGAAACAUUUUGGUAAUCUUUCUUACUAAAGAUGUGAAUGUUUAAUGUACCUUCUCUGUUUCUACUCUGUAGUCCAAUGGGAAUUCAGUAAUGACAUUUUGUCAUGUCAAACUGUGAACAUAAAUUUGUACUGUACAGUCCUCAUAUAUACAGUAUGCAAUAUAUGUAUUAUAUACUUGUUAAUAAAACCAUCAGAAUAUUAA